UCUGCCAAGGACAGCCUUGACUGCUUCUAUUACUGGCCAAGGUGAAGAGAAACCCGAUAAUCAGGAAACCAGAAUAAUUCAGACCAGACCCAGCUGUCGUUUCAAAGACAUCCUCAAGCCAUGCCGUUCCCAUCUGUCACUUGUUUCCUGCUGAUCAUGUCAUUUUCGAGAUCCUUCCAGUUGACAGUCUACCAAUAUGAACAUGUUUCAGUGGCUGAAGGAAAUUCAGUCACUCUGGGCUGCUUUGUGGAAGACGAGAAGAUUCAGCAUUUAAGCGUUCAGUGGUUUAAACAAAUGGCCGGAAGUCCACCCACUUAUAUCCUCCGCCACGCCAAUGACAGCGGCAUUCACUGGGCUGACACAUCAUUGGAGCGCUACCAGCCAAUUAGAAAUGACAGCAACGCUCACUUUCUGCACAUCACUACUGUGGUCACAAAUGAUAGCGCUCUUUACUGGUGCUUGCUGACUAAGAGUCCAUUUUAUCACAUCUGGGGAGGCGGAACACAUCUCAGCGUUUAUGGGGGCGCAGAUGUCCAGGCACCUUCUGUUUCUCUCAUGAGCAGUUCUCCAAUAGGCUCCCAUCCACUUUAUCUUGCAUGUUCAGUAAGUGGGUUUCAUCCACCAGUCAUUGAGGUUACAUGGAAGUUAGAUGGUGAGUCUGCUCCAGGAAUAAUUACAACAGGACCCUUCCUAUCAGAAGAAGACAAUUCAUAUGCCUUUGUUAGCAUCCUUGAACUUCCAAUGCAUCACAGAAAUAAUUUCUCAUCGGUUUUAUGUGAGGUGCGGCAUGAUUCCUCAAGAACUUUGAUCACAAAAGACUUCCUUGACUGUUAUAAGGAUUAA